UUUCUGCCGGUUUAAACCAAGCCCCCAAUUAAGUGGUCGCCUCUACGCUUCAUACUAACAUAGGCCCAUGUUGCUCUUUCUCUCUUUGAGAUUUUGAAUUGGACGUAACUAUGGUAACAUCACAACUCGAACUGAGAUGGUUCUUACUGCUAUCAGGUCAAUGUCGAAUAUAAUUUGCUCACACUGAGGUUCAGCCAUCGAAGCGUCUGGCAUAAGCCCGACGUCCCGACUCCUGACUCAGAUUCAUCAGCCGAGUUUUUGUGAUGUGGGCCUACUUUGCUGUCCUUGGAACUAACGUCUAAAUCGAACAAGCCGUCUGCGAAAGAUACUGCUCAAGAGGUUAUCUGCAUUUGCGGAGCAUUUGUGUCCUUCAUGAUCAUGUGAACUGCUAUCGUUGUCGAGGUUGUAAAGUACAAAGUAUUUUUUUCGAUUGACCUUUUUCGAAAAGCAAGACCAGCUAUAAACCUCGAAUUCGAUCUGUGACCCAGCUGUGAUAACUGGACAAGGAAAUACGCCAGUCACCAAGUACUUGCCUGCUUUCGUCCUCACAAUGGGUUUAUUUGACCGUUUAGUUGUGUUCUUGAAAAUUAGGAAGCGUCAAGCGUCGGUGCUCGUAGUUGGUCUCGAUAAUAGCGGAAAGUCCACUAUUUUAAAUCAUUUUAAACCGGAAGAGCAGAAAUCGAUUGAAAUUGUCCCUACAAUCGGCUUCAGUGUAGAGACGUUCAAGGUUAAAAAUCUUAGCUUGACGGCAUUUGACAUGUCCGGCCAGGGUCGAUACCGUAACCUAUGGGAACAUUAUUACCACGAUGCGCAGGGAGUAGUGUUUGUUAUCGACUCUACCGAUGCACUGAGGAUGGUAGUUGUCAAAGAUGAACUUGAACUUCUUCUUCAACACAAAGAUAUUAAGGGUCGUCAGGUGCCUGUUCUUUUUUUUGCUAAUAAAAUGGAUCUCAAAGACGCGCUGUCCAGCGUCAAGGUAUCGCACGCACUUGGUCUCGACACUUUAUGCACAAAAAGCUGGCAUAUCUGUUCGUCCAAUGCGCUUACAGGCGAGGGCGUCCGUGAAGGUCUGGAAUGGCUUAGCGAACAGAUACAAGCGAACCUCACAUAAAUCAUGAUGAGCAAUUAAAAAAUCUUCAUUCUAAUUGGGAGCCGUGCGAUUAUGUGUUAAAUUACAGAUCGGCGUUUUUCAACAUUAUUGGAGACGAUAGUUCAUAUAAGCUUAACGUGUGUAUGUGUGGUUCGAAAAGAAAACCCUUAUUCCUGCAAAAAUCAGCGAUCUUUUUGAGAACCGCCAAGAAGCCUCAUUAGAUAAUUACUAGACACCUUUUGUGAAGCGUCAUUAACCUUAAUUACGUUUAACAUUUGUAAUUGAUUUAUAAAGAUACACAACACACAUAGCGAAACAAAAAAAAACCGGAAAAGAAGUACCGACUUAGGCGUAAGCAGAAUAAAUAUAGCCAAAUAAACAAGUGGUAUUGGAGGGGCUAUGGAGGUGUAGCGCCACCGGUCGAAAUAGACGAAGUUCUGCAUGCGAGACUCGACUGCUUCCAGAAACCAAACAUUACAAUCAUCCCUGGAGCCGCUUGAACAGAUCAGGUAUUUCCCACAACAAAUACGUUUCUCUAUUACUCUUCUCAAUUAACGGGUAUUGGAGUCGUCUGCUUAGUGAAAUCAAACAAAUUUUAGCGUAAAGCAUCUGGCACAGAUCUCACAGAACUGUAGGUAUUGUCUUUUCAUUAUUUGAGCAAUGGUUUACUACGGUUUCGGUGCACUUCAUAGAAGAGGACAACGUUGACCACUCGUUACCCGUGAUCGAGUCAUAGAUUAUAGCGGGGCUGGCCUAACUUAGCUGUCAGAUUAUAACGAGGCAGAAUUUCGCAAUGAGACGAGCAUAUCUAUUGUGCAUAAAUUGAUUUUUUCGAAAUACGGCUUGAGCUAUCUUGCGAUAGCAUGAUCCAGUUUCAUUCAAAGCACCCAUUAAUGACUAUUUACUAGAGGGUUAUCGUGAAAAAACUAAAAACUAUUCUAAAAUAUGGAAGGAAAAGCAAGCGUAGAAAAGUGGAUAGGUAAUCCGUUCAUCGAGUGUUCAUGUUAUGACUACGCAUAGUCCAAGGCCAUGUUCGAUCGUUUAGCCUUCAGGCACGAAACUGAUACAUGGAUUUAGCGCAACUGUAGACCACAGCGAUAGCACGAUUCCACAUAAGGAAACAACAGAUCUCAUGAUUCAUUACAAGCUAUAAUAUCGAAUGAGAUCUGACCGAUUUCCCGAACCAGCCUAUUAUUGAUACAAAGUAGUAUCAUAAUAACUCACUGAUAUCUAUUAUUACUCUCGAGAUUUCAAUAUGGUCACCGCUACGCUGAGAGCAAUGCAACUGGCAAUCCGGAUGGAUCCGUUGGAUGUAUCGAUGCCAUCAAUCACAACUGCGAUUGAGCUACAAAACGGUUUGGAAGCCGCCAGCCCGCAUUAUAGUGCAGGCGGCUCUCUCUCGAUCUGACCCUAUGCGGUUUCGUUCAUGUGAGCAUGUGCUUGUAUAAAAUCUGACUUACAGCCCGAUCGAUUCCCUUGUUUAUAGUAUUGUAAAUAGAGUAACUGAUCAACCAUAUGACAAUAAUGAAUAAAGUGUUAGUUCUACGUUUGUUAAUUGGCCGUAUCUUCAUUUUGGCAGUGGUUAGGUUGAGAACACCGUAUAUGUUAUUUUGCCGUAGAAAGUCAAGCGCAAGGCUUGAAAUUCACUCGGCUGGCAGUGGUACGCUCUGGCUUACAUCUUGAUCAACAACCUUUGCUUUGUAAUGCGUAUAAGAGCCACCAUCUUCACGUUCGUAUUAAAUCGGCUAUAUUUGUUCCCUCGUACAAUAUAAUAAUGGCCUCGAUAAAACUGUGAAUGCUUGUAUGACGAGUCCGUAAUGGAGGAUGGUGCAAAUCC